AUGUCCAUGAAUUAUAUGCAUCCAGCGGCCGACGUACGGCCACAACGUCGGCUGGGGACGGUAAAAGAAGUGAUUGACAGCUCUGGAGAUUACAAAUGUUGCUGCGACAUGUUUGAUGUGCAUGUGAGUCGUUUUCAGCAUUAUUUUUCACUGGACGGACUAUGCUUUUGACUGCACCGUGCAAAAUUUUUAAUUUUUGAUUUUUGCACAGUGCGCUGAUAAGAAAUGCAAAUUCCAGGCAAUUUUGUGCAGCGGGAAAAAGAUCUAUAGCCGUUCUGCAUAGUUAAGGACCUUAUAAAAAAACUGGAGCUUUUUACGAAUAACAUUUUGAUCUGCACAGUGCAAUAUUUUGAUUUACAGUUAUUGCACAGUGCAGCCGGAAAAUUUUGCUUUUUACCCAUACCAUGCAGAAAAUUGACAAAAUUUGUUUUUUUGCUAUCAAAAUUACAGUCCAAACUGGCCAGUGACUAUAUUUAAAAGUCGCUUUUUCCAUUGCACAGUGCAGUUUUCGUUUAUUUCUUUUCUGCACGGUGCAGUCAAAAAAAUUGAUUUUUGAGGCAUUGUGCAAUCAAAUUAGCGAAAAAAUUUUAUUACAGCAGUGAACACAGCCUGUAAUCAACAAUGACAAGACCCACGAGUCAUGUUAUCCACUGCAUAUUAAAAAAUUGUCUUUUUUUCACACAGUGUAACAAAAACAAUUCUCCUUUUUUUCAGUUUGGUACAUUUGUGAUUGGCCAUCUUGGGAUGGCCAGCAGCAUUAUUGAAGCCUUUAUUGUCAGCACAGUCCACGAACAUGACUACGCGCCAAGUCUGUGCAUUGUUUUCAUAAUAACAACCGUCUCAUAUCUGGCACUAAUGAUAUCCAACCGACUAAAAAAGAGGAAAAUUUAUGUUAUCCACAUGAUUGCCAAUGUAAGUUUGAUCUCGAAAAAAACUUUUUUCAAUCUAUUUUUUACUGAAUUAAUAUUAUACGCUUUUUCACAGUUUUCUUAUUUUUGCACUGUGCAAAGGUAGAAAAUGUGGUUUUUGGCAAUAAUGCGUCGAAAAAUUGAGAUUUUUUUGAUCCAUCUUAUAACAUGGUGGGAAAUGUAAUCUUACAGGUACGGAAAGGAAAAAAUUUCGCCGCGCUGUGCAUAAAAAAAUUAUAUUUUUUGUUUUGCACUGUGCGGAAUUUUUUUAAAAAACUUGCGUUUAAGCAAAGCAUGAGAAGAAAAACAAGCAUAUUUUGAAAAGGAGAAAAUAUUUGACAUCUAUGGAUGUAUUUUACACAAAAAAUUUUUGCUUUUGCUCUGCACAGUGCGGUGAAAUCACAAUUUUUUUUGACUGCACAGUGCAAAAAAAGAUAAAAAACGAAAGCUUUGCACAGUGCGAAGAAGAACAAAAUAAAAAUUUGGAAAUUUCCAUCGAAGGUAAAAUACGAGCUCCCGAAAUUGCUUUGACUAAUAUUUCCGUAUUUUACAGCACAUUUUCAGUGUUUCCUCAUAAUGAUGACGUAUAUGUUGGGGUUUGCGUUCAUCAAAAAAUCAGUCUACGAUCUCCGCCGCUCUCACGAAAUCGACUUUUCAUUCCAGUCGCUGGCAGUGGGCGUCUCGGCAGUCAUCGCGUCAACGGUAUACACGUAUUUUUGGAUCAUUGUUUAUUGGGACUACAACUACCUCGGGCAGUGGAGAAGGUUGGAGAGGCGGCAGGAAUUUGUGAAACAUGUUUUUGUCUUGUUUUAG